AUGAACCAAGAGGAAACAAAUCCCUUACGAGGAGGUGAACCGCCAGAAGAAGGCGGCAAGGAGGAUGUGGAAUUAGCAAUGCUUCAUCUUCGAAAACUAUUUGAUGAGUUUAUCAAUCUUAAAUCGUCAAUGACGGAUGCUGAGCGGGAUACGAAACUGUAUCAAAUGCUACCAUUAUAUUGCAAUGUGGCAAAUAAUGCGAGCCAGAAAAAAAACACGAAUCCGCACGGAUUUUCGCCACCGUUAUCGUGGGAAGGACAGGCAGCUUUUUGCCAUCACAUCAGUCAAUUAUUAGCCAGAGAAAUCAAGCGAAGAGCAUUGAAUCGAAGCACAGAAACUGCAUCAAAAACAAUUGCAUCGUUCUUGGAACUGCAUAACGUAUAUGGCAUUGAAGAAUCGGGGAAUGGAGCAGUUUUACUGACCGCUGUCAAUUUAAUGAUUAAUACAAUCAACGAUAGUUCCUUACAAGAGAUUAUGAUAAAUGCUUCUCUGCCGUCGACUUUAGUGCGAUGUAUCUACUUAUUUUUGGAUCUUCCAGAAGAAAAAGAAACAUGCUCUAUCAAUGACACAUGUUCAGAUGGUAAUGUGAACAGACAAAUUAGUUCAUUUCGAGUAUUUUCACAGAUAUUGUUGAAACUUUCCUCACAUCCAUUGACUGCGGAAGAACUAAUACGAGUCGAUGAUUUGAGCUUACUGUUUUCUACUGUAACUGCACAGUAUGGACCAUGCAACCUCAAGUGGCGCUCGUUAGCUGGUGAUGUUCUUGAUACUUUGGCCCGGUAUGGCCUAACUGAAGCAAUCUUAGAUUAUGUACAUGCGAAAGGAUGCAUGGCGCUCUGUAUUGACAAUAUGCAAAGAACUAUAACUUCCAAACCCUUCGAUAUUGUUGAAAUGUUGCUAUCUAUUUGUGGCUUUUUACAGCAAUCAUCGCUCUGUUCACAAAAGUUGAUGGAUGAUUUUAGGGAAUGCCAAGGAUACCUGUUUCUUAUCGAUUGCCUGCUAAAAUUGAACCAAGGGAUAGAGAAUAGUGACGGCAAUGAUAAACUGUACAAUGAAACAAUGUUUCAAAAGCUCAUAAACAUGAUUGUUUCGCUGUGCUACUGUGGAUAUGCUCAAGUGCCAUCGCUACAUGCAAUGGACGUUUCCAAAGCUCAAUUUCAGAUGAAAGAAUUUCGUGUUUCCCAAAGAUCAUCUAAAGCAGCUUGUUUGCGUAAUAUUAACGCAUUUUUGGUUCUGCAAACAGUAUUUCUACGUUCUGAAAACGCUUUAGUUUGUUGUUUGAUACUGGAUGCAAUUAAAGAUAUUUGCACAAGUGAUGAUGUGAACUAUUUUGUGAUUGAAUCUCAAAGCACAUUAAGUUUGUUUGCGGAAAAAAUACAUCAAAAACCAAGAGCAGUACAAACCAAGUUUUUCGAUUUGAUCGCAUUUAUAGUGCUUCAGCUAAACUUCAUUCCCCGUAAGGAGCUGAUCGCUCUAUCAGUGCUUUUAAAAACGAAUCAACUUUUAGAGAUCAGUAUUGCGUGCACUCGUACUUUUCUCUGUCUUUUACGACACAAUAGUGUUUUCGCUGAUGUUUAUCGAGAAAUUGGAGUCUUAGAGGUGUUUGCUACGUGCAUAAGACGGUACAAAGAAUUCCUCGAAGAAAAUAUGAAUACGGAAAACUUAUCCAGUAGCUCUGAUAAUGGAACAUUGGAACAGCCUCAUAAAGCAGACGAGCAGGAAACGUUAGGAAUGCUAGUUAUAGAAGCUCUCGUUCAAUUGCUGAAUGGAAAUGCGAAUAAUACAACCAUAUUUAAAAAUAGCGGUGGCAAUAAGUGUAUAUACGACAUGUUGAAAUAUAAAUUCAACACUCCAGUUGUUAUGAAAUUGGUUAAAGAACUUGUGUUAACUGUUGGAGGUGAAGAUGAUAUGUUACACCUCUUGAAAUCUAUUAAUUCAUUAGCUGACCUACACUCAAACACUGUGUUGAUGCGUAUUCGAAUUUUGCAAAUAUUGAUUGAAUGUUUAAGGGAAAGUCAUCGGACGAGAUCUGUUUUCCGAAAGGUUAGUGGAUUCGUAUACGUAGUAAACGUGUUGGACUUGUUGAAGAAUCAAUUUGGACCUAAGCAAUCUAGCGAUGGUCCUAGUAAAAUGCACAUUCGUCUGUUUCUUGUUGUUUGUCAAACACUAAGUGCUGCUAUGCGCUUCGAACCAGCAAAUGCAAAGUACUUUCAAAAUGAGGUAGCAAAUACACUAUUUUUGGAAGCUAUUAGGGACAUGGGAUGCUUUUCCAGAAAUGAAUCUAUUGGGGAUUGUUGUUUCCAUCAGAGAGAUCCUUUGACUGUAGACCAAUCGCUGGUGGAUGGCUAUGCGAAUAUCUUCAAGACGGCAAUGAGUAACAUGGAUAACGAAUCAUUAAGCGAUGCUUUAUUUCCCAACACGAGUGACGAAAUUUUACCACCGCUUCGGUCUGUAUGCAUCAUUUAUCGUAUUUUAUAUGAAAUUGUCUUCGAUGGGUUUGAUGGUCCUCAAAAAGUAGAAGUUCUACAACACAAUAAAAUAUGUACAGACGUGGUAUCGGAAUCUAAUCAUGAUGGCGCGCUGAAUUCCAUUGCACCAUCGUCCGGUUUAAACGAUUACUUAAUCGUUCAUCCAUCAGUAGUUUUGUGCAUGUUGAAGUUGCUUCCUUCCAUUGAAGAACAGUGUUCACAACACGACAAUAAUCAUCCUGUAACUUGGAAUGCCUUCACCGAAAGAGCAAUAGCAUUGCAGUAUUUUUUAUCGGAUAUUAUAAAAUCGUGUGUUCGCAGUGAACGCAAUCAGCAAAUAAUGUGCGACAACGGACUAAACGAAUGCAUAGUUCGGUAUUGCAAGGAAGCUUUGAUUGAUGAGCAGCACCCUCUGCAUAUGUCACUGCAGUACAUCUUUGAACGAUUGGCCGUGCAAGCGUUAAUGCCAAAGGAAUUGCGAACUUUUCUUCGAUUGGGUCUUAAAUUUUCAACUGAAAACGAUAGUUACAUCCUAGAAGACUUCAUACCACCGGUGCCAUUAACUCGCUUAAAAACGUUAGUUUCUAUCACUACACCGCGUGAUUUCAGAUAUCAAGGAUCAUUUACGAUGCCUCCAUUCAUCGAGAUGGAUAUGUCAACCGAAGGGUUUGCGUGUAUAUUUUUCCCGAAUAUUGCACCAAGUCAUAUGAACUCAGAAUACUCAUCUAUAACACAUCAUCUGCAUAGUUCAGUUACUGCGGGGUUAACUGUAAAUGGUUCUGGCAUUACUGGAAAUAUGGUAUUGGGUGGAGCUUCAUUUCCGGCUUUCCAAAACAGUAUUAAUAGAAAUACUAGCAGCAUUGGCCCACAAAUCGAAUCUAAUGUGGGGGGUGGCAUCGGUUCAGGAAACAGAACAUUUCCAUCAAACAACGGUUUAACUUUCAGCACAUGGUUUUGCAUUGAACGAUAUCCAAACGGAGAGGUGGCCGAUGGUAACACAAUUAGACUCUUUCAUAUACUGCGUUCAGAUGAUGGUUCUAGCGAAGAGUCGGUGAUCGUGUUCAGUAUUUCAAUCUUACCUAGUGAUAAAUCGUUAUCGGUUGCUACCCAGGAAUUUCCAUUUAAACAAGAAUAUUGCAAUGUUUACAAAGAUGAUUUUAUGUCCCGUGUAUGGUGUCCAACUUUUAUUCGAGAAAACGAGUGGCAUCAUGUGGGAGUAACAGUAGGAAAAACGUCUCCUAGAUCAUCCCAGGUUUCUAUCUACGUGGAUGGCCGGCAUGUUCAUUCGCAGAAAAUCAAUCCAAUCUGCAGCUCAUUAUCGACAUCAGCUAGAAGAAGUAAUUUUCAUGCAUUCGUUGGGACCCCACCUUUAUGGCGCAAGUAUUCUAAACUUAUCUGGAAGCAAGGAGUUUGCAAUUUAAUUGAUGAUACGUUUGAUGCGUCCGCUAUAGCUCGGAUAUAUAUGCUUGGACCGCAUUACAUAGGCUCAUUCCAGGACGUUCGAUUGGAAGACAAUGAAGAAAUCAAUCCGUUAGUGGCGGAAUACAGAAUAGCGUUUAGUGUCAAUCCUAAAGCUUAUUCGUAUAUGACAUUAAACAAAAUAAGGAAGGUGUACAAUCGUACGGAUGCCAAAGCAAUUGCAAAACAACUCGGGAUGAGCUCUCAUGAGAACGCUACACCCAUUUUAGUUAUGCAUAAUGCUGCCGGGCAUUUGACUGGUCCUGCACGUACAUUAGGUGGAGUACUCGUUGGAUAUCUGGGUAUUCGAAAAUUUAAUUCGUUUCCAGUGUCAAUGUCGUUAAAUACAGUUGGAGGAUGCAGCGUUUUGCUAGGAUUGGUUGCGAUGUCACACAAUAUCGAAAGCUUAUACGCAGCUGUUAAAGCUUUAACGUGUAUUUUGCGCACUAGUAAAUUAGCAAGACAAGAAAUGAAUCAACGUCGCUUUUAUCAAACACUAGCGAUGUUGUACAAACGGAAAAAAGCGCUACUCAAUUCACACAUUUUGCAUUUAACAUUCAAUUUAGUCGGCACGGUUCAUAGCGGACAUGAAAGUUCAACCAUACCAAAUAUAACGGCAUUCCAGGAUUUGUUGUGUGACUUCCCAAUUUGGUUGGACCAAUCAAAUGAUCUGAUUCGUUCCUUGUUGGAACAUUUUCUAGAACUAUGCACAGAAUCAAAUGAAAAAUUCGCCAAUAUUCGAAUUCUGCAGGAAUCGCAGUGCAUGACAAAGCUUCUCCAUAUAAUUGAAGAUAUAACUGACGACGGUGCAGAAAGAGCGUUGUAUUCUAUAGUACAAAUUUUGCUGUCUCAUCAGUCCAGAUCCAACGAUUUACUGCUGUUUGGACAAUAUAUGGCGAAAAGUAUUCCUACAAUGGAAAGUUGUACUGAACAGGACACAGAAAAUCUAACGGAUCGACAUGUUCAUCUAAGGAAUCGAGGCCUAAAAGUAUUACACUACUUAUUUUAUGGCGCAAAUAAUGUCAUCAAUUGGAAAUUUUGCGAUGAAAUGUUCCGAGUUCUAGGACUGGAUUGGGUACUAUUGUUCAUGCAACCACAUUUACAUUUUACAACGACAGUUUGGGCUUUUCGAAUGUUAGUUACAAUGCUAACACGUGAUGCCAUACUUGCUCGCUUUCGAGAAGGAAAGUGUGCCAAUGGCGAUGAAGGAUAUUUGAAACACACAGAAAUAAUCAUGCAAUCUCGAAAUGCUAUCUUGCUUUCAUCAAAAUUUCCUUCACAAGUUGUAGGAGCAACGGGUAAUAUUUCAAGUUUAGAGGAUAGUUUUAUUCUAAACCAAGCAUCGCUGCAGUCAAUGGGAUUCGCUUAUCUGGAAUGGUUACUACUGCAUCGUACCAAUGUGCCCGAGGUGUUUUCAUUGCUAGUCGCAUUAAUUAUUGGAUAUCCGGUAAAAUCGUCAAUCAUGCCCUCCAAAGAUAAUAAUCUUGAAUCAAUCUGGUCCUUUCUAUGGUCAUCAAACACUCAUACGAGUGCCAAUUGCACAACAGAAAAAAUAACAUUCUGCACAGAAGCAAUAUGCAUUUUGCUCAGCUUGACAAGGUCAAUUGUUCAUUGCAAAAAACCUGACGUAAAUUUGGCAGAAAAAACGCCGGAAAUAGCAGAUCACUGGUUACAGUCGCAUCCCGGCGAAAUAUUGACAUUGUUCAUGUCGUUCUACAAACAUCUUCCCGAUUUUGCUCCAAUUGUUAUGAGUGGAGAAGUUAUUACUUCACUUAUUGCUAUACUGUUUACACCUUCAACUACGUUUGAUAUUGAUAACGAUAUAUCAUCAUCCGUGGAACGUUCUCCAACAGCGUUAAUAAACACGAGUUCAUCAUAUACGCCCGAAACAAUUAAGAAAAAUACGUUCGAAAAUGAACAUAUAUUCGUGAAAAUGGGGAUCGAUGAAGAAAUAACUGCACAUGUCAUGAAUAUUUUACAGACCCUAGUGAUUGAUUCACUCGUUUUGGUGCACUCCGCCAAAUCCCCACCCGUAAUAGACAUGGUAUUAGACUUUUUUAUAAUGGGCAACCAUAUUUCCGAACAUCAGCGAAAAAUUUUCCUAACAAAUAUUAUUCUAUUGCUGAUGAAAAAUGAGUCCAUGGUAAAUAUUGCUGUUGAAGGGCAAAUUUCUGCUCCAGUCAGUAGUACUUUCGUUAAGUUUGGCGGGCAGGAACAUGUGGUAGCGAAUGUUUUUUAUGUAACGGCUCGCUUUGUCGAUAAGCUGUGGCAACAAAUGCUAUUGAUUGAUGGUCGAGAAAUUUUUGAAUACUGCGUUUGUUUAUUAAAACAAGCGAAACGGCAUGGCGGAUCUACAUCUGCCUCGGCACAUACUGUAAGCAGUAUAGGUGGUAGUGGAACGAACAUUACAAGCGCGAGCUCUUUAGAUUCCUUGUACCGUUCCUUGAAUCGUUGCAUACUUUAUCUUCUGGCAUACCCGUCCCCUCCGGUGAAUGAAAGUUUAGUCGAUAUUUUACAAAAUCUAAUGAGUAAUCGUUUAUUGGUUUUUGGAGCUGGGAAUCAUGAUCCAGAUUUCAUUGGGUGUUUAACUUACUGCAUACUGCAGUUUUAUAAGGGGGAAAACAUAAGUUUAUCCAGUACAGCUCAAUUCGACCAAGAAAGAACGACAACGUGGCAUGUGAAAUCACUGUUACAGAAUGAAAAUGAAGAAUACGAUUCUCGAAAAAUGUCAGAUGAUGAAAUGACGGUUGGCCCAUCAUCCAAGUUGGAAAAUAUAUCUUUCAGAGUUUGGGAAGAACUAUACGUUUGCAAAAAACCUGUAAUCGAAGAGAUAUUCAAAGUGACGUUAACACAACCGUUUCACAAUUCUCGUGCUCCGAACAUGGAGUGUACGCAUGAACAAAUUUUUGAUUCAGCUUUCAAACAUUGGCUGACAUACGUUGAAAGGGAGCGGCAUACUACCUCACGAAACCCUUGGGACGUGCAUAAUAGCAUACAAUCUAAAAUUCAAAAAGUGACUGGUGGUCUGACACGGCUCACAAGUCGUACAAAAUUAAAGAAGGAAGCUUGCAAAAGACAGGGAUUGCUAAACGAAGACUUUGGCAAUGAAACCAACAAACAGAUUCUGAACGGAAAAAUUGCACUUGUGAAGGAAUUUUGGAACUUUUGCUCGACCCAGCAAGGAAAUAGUUAUAUGCACAACAAACGGUACGUUCAUCAAGAUUGGUUACAAGUUGAAGCUGAGCUAAUACGAGAACGAGGUAUAUGGGGUCCGGAAUGUUGUGCUGAUUUCACCAAAUGGACCCUCGAUAGUACGGAAGGGCCAUAUCGAAUGCGAAAGAAGAUGUUGAAGAAUUUGUUGUUUUAUGUACACUACCCACCGCCAACUGAUCAAGUAGAUGUAGUCGAUACCGAAGAUCAUGCUCAUCAAAAACAACCCAAGAGCCGUGUAGCAGUUAGUUAUGACAGCGCGAAGUACAAUAAGUUUGUGCGAUUAUAUCAAAACAUGUUUCCUGAGCAGUUCGAGCGUGAUGUCACUGGAGGCAAUGGAUCAUCGCGUAGCAACACAGCCAAAAAAUCGGAAUACUCAAAAACCAGCCGAAUACAAGGAGACGAGAAAGGAUAUUGUAUAGAAAAUGAGGAGGAUUUGUCGUUCUCAUUGCCGGAUAAUCAAAUAUUGUUGAGGCUGCUGGAAGACAAAGAAAAGGUAUCUAACAUUUUUCGGACAGCACGUAUACAAGGCCUAGACACAUUCGAAGGUUUGAUGCUGUUUGGAAAAGAUUGCUGCUAUAUUGUUGAUGGAUUUACUUUGCUUUGUAAUCGUGAAAUACACGAUAUCGAUUCAUUGCCUCCGGAGAGCUUCGAUCCUAUUUUACCCAGCACUACUUCAGCAAACUGUUCUUUAUCUCGCAACAUUAGACAAUCCUCCAAAAUAUUUUAUGAAGAUAUCCGUGAAAUACACAAACGACGUUAUUUGUUACAGCCGAUUGCACUGGAAAUUUUUUGUGGUAGCGGACAAAACUAUUUGUUGAGUUUUCCUCAAAAAGUGCGUAACAAAGUAUUUCAAAAAGUGACAACCAUGGCAACACACAUUGCAGAUAAUGCGCAACAAUCUGUCGCAGGACAGAAAAGAACUGCAAAUGUAGAACAAAAUACUGGCCUUUUAAGCAGUUUGAUUGGAGAAACAUCUGUGACUCAACGCUGGGUGCGUGGUGAAAUAUCCAACUUCCAAUACCUCAUGCACCUGAACUCUCUAGCGGGUCGUUCGUAUAAUGAUUUGAUGCAAUAUCCAGUAUUUCCUUGGAUAUUGGCAAAUUAUGAUUCCGCCGUUUUAGACCUCAAUGAACCGGCAAAUUUUCGAGACUUAUCAAAACCUAUGGGAGCUCAAACUAAGGAACGUUUGGAACAGUUUCUCAAACGUUAUAAAGAUUGGGACGAUCCCCAAGGCGACACACCUCCAUAUCACUACGGAACCCAUUACAGCUCAGCCAUGAUAGUCUGCUCUUACUUAAUAAGACUAGAACCAUUUACACAACAUUUUCUACGUUUACAAGGAGGACACUUCGAUCUGGCCGAUCGAAUGUUUCACAGUAUUAAAGAAGCUUGGUACUCGGCUUCCAAACAAAACAUGGCUGACGUAAAAGAAUUAAUACCUGAGUUUUUCUACCUUCCGGAGUUUUUAGAAAAUUCAAACAGUUUUGAUCUUGGGACAAAACAAAAUGGUGAAGUUUUGAAUCAUGUCGUACUGCCACCAUGGGCAAAAAAUGAUCCUCGCGAGUUUAUACGUAUGCAUCGUGAAGCCCUUGAAUGCGAUUAUGUUAGCCGUCACCUACAUUUAUGGAUCGAUCUUAUCUUCGGGUAUAAGCAGCAAGGACAGGCUGCAGUUAAUGCUGUUAACGUAUUCCAUCAUUUGUUUUACGAAGGAAAUGUCGAUAUUUACAACAUCGAAGAUCCUCUUCAGAAAAAUGCUGCAAUCGGUUUCAUAAAUAACUUUGGUCAAAUUCCUAAGCAAUUAUUCCGCAAGCAGCAUCCAGCGAAGCGAAUGACUCCAACUAAACAGUUUUCUAUGUUAGUUGAUGUGAGCCCACUGAUACCACCACAGUCUCCAAUCGGAGGUACACCAGCGAUAAACUACGAGAAAAUAUUUUUCUAUCACCUUAACAAUUUGAAAUCCUCUCAACAACCCAUCAAAGAGCUAAAAGGUCCGGUUGGACAGAUAAUACAACACGAAAAAAAUAUAUUAUCAGUUGAACAAAACAAAAUGUUGAUACCCAAAUCAUAUAACCGAUAUAUAGCUUGGGGUUGCGCUGAUCAUUCUUUGCGUGUUGGUUGUUAUGAUUCAGAUCGAACCUAUCAUACGUGGGAAAAUGUAGAUAAUUGUGGCGAUAUAAUAUGCUGCACAUGUCCAAGUGUAAAAUUGUUAAUCAUAGCUGGCACUAGUUCUGUCUUAUCUGUGUAUAAUAUGGACGCAAAGAUGAAAAAAAUAUCCCUGAAACAAACCUUAUUUGGCCACUCGGAUGCUGUUACUGCGCUGACGUCGAGCACAGCCUACAAUAUCAUUUUGAGUGGUUCUCGCGACCAAACCGCGAUAAUAUGGGAUCUGGCGCGAUUGACAUACGUUCGUCAAUUAGUUGGACACAUGGGAGUAAUUUCUGCAGUAAGCAUAAAUGAACUGACGGGUGAUAUUGCAACAUGCUCUGGCACUUGGCUACACAUAUGGUCUAUCAAUGGCCAUCAAUUAGCUGUUGUAAAUACAAGCAUGGGUAGUUCUGAUCGAAUGCAGCAAAUUCUUUGUGUAACAUUUUCAAGUAUUCGCGAAUGGGAUACAAAAAAUGUCAUCAUCACUGGAUCGACUGACGGUGUAGUGCGGCUAUGGUCAAUAGAGUUUUCUUCAAAGCAUUCGCAGCUAUCAGCGGAGGAUCUAUCAAAGAAGGCUUUGAAUUAUAAAACUGACAUGAAAGACAAUAACGAGGAAUCACUAGAAAGUGCGGAAUGGGAACGAAAACUUGUUUUUAGAACUGAAUUAACUUUGCACACUGCGUACGAUCAUAAAAAUAAUGUGGAGCCAGCAAGUAUCACGGCACUUGCCAUAUCGAAGGAUCAUCACACGUUGUAUGUUGGCGAUGCUCGUGGUCGAAUAUAUGCAUGGUAUGUAGCAGAAUAUCCAUUUGGUAAUCCAGUACGAGUAACUAGUGGAUUAGCUCCUCCAAAAGUAAACAAAUUCUCUAGUUUGGAUCAUUAACAAUCUAGCUAAUCCCGCGUACAAGACAUGGACAG